UCAGGUUACAAAAUGUAUUUGAUGACAGAUUUUUUUUUAAAUCUUAAUAGAACGACUGUAGGGUUAAAAGCUAAGGUCUGGCGGGAAGAAUUCGUCUAUAUAUUUAGUAGAAUGAGAAACUUUUAGAAUUACGGGUUAGAAAAUUGAGGAGUUAUAAUUUUAUCCGAUCAAUAUUGCUAUUUAUUUCCGGGUAUAUAAUGUUGAUAAAAGUUCAAUUUAUUACGAAUCUGGUCCUAGAUUCUUAAUCUACUCGUAUUGAAUAAGUACGUACAUAUAUAUAAUUCCUUUUAUUUUUUGGGGGCUUUUCCAAAUGGGACCUCGUUGCUUUCCACCUCCCUCAGCCGUUGAUUGCUAUGAGAUCUCGCUAUAAAAAGUGCUGUAUAUACUUCCUCAAACGCUAUAUUUUGGUUCCCUUUAAGUAUAGUGAAACUAAUCUUUUCUGUUUGUGCAUGUUGAUUAUCAACGUAUCGUGUUAGUAUACCACCUAAAUUUGUAUAUUAUUUAUUUGUUUUAAUUUGUGUUGUAUGAUCAAUAUGAUUGAUUGAUUGGUACUCCCAUAGGUUGGCGCCGAAAGUGGUGACGGUGGUGGAGCAAGACCUGAGCCACGCGGGCUCGUUCCUCGGCCGGUUCGUGGAAGCGAUCCACUACUACUCCGCCCUAUUCGACUCGCUGGGGGCGAGCUACGGUGAAGAGAGCGAGGAGAGGCACAUGGUGGAGCAGCAGCUGCUCUCCAAGGAGAUACGCAACGUUCUCGCCGUCGGAGGGCCGUCCCGCCGCGAAGCGGCCGUCGCGGCCGCCGGGGACGACGAUCACGCGGCGGCGGUGGUGAAAUUCCACAGCAGCUGGAGGGAGAAGCUGCAGGAGUCAGGUUUCACGGGCGUGUCUCUUGCAGGGAAUGCAGCGACGCAAGCAACGCUGCUGCUUGGGAUGUUCCCUUCGGAUGGUUACACUUUGGUGGAGGACGGCGGCGCGCUGAAGCUUGGUUGGAAGGAUCUUUGCUUGCUUACUGCUUCGGCAUGGAAACCCCGGCCGCAGAUGCCGCCGAGUUCGGCGUCUUCUUCGCCGGCGGCGUCCGGUUACCUCCACCUUCAUCCUCAUUCCUUGCUUACUGCGUAGAUAUAGCUACAUGUUUCCAUCUUGUUUUAACCAUUUAUAUAUUUGUCAUGCUAUGUAUUUUUCGGUGCACUAUUUCUAUGAGAAGUUAAAUUAAUACUAGUUUGAUGGCCUACGCUUUGCAUUGGGUAAAAUCUUAGAUGAAUUAGAUUGUUAAUUAGUAAUUUUAGAUGUUAACUAUUACAUGCAUAAGGUGAAGAAAAAGAAGAUAAACCAUGCAUAGUUCUUUCUUGCAUGCUCCUAAAAACUGAUCGCAAACCAGAAAAAUCGGUUCAUGCAAUAAUUUAUUUUUGCCCUGGAAGUCUUGUUAUCUAGAGUCUAGCCACACUAUUAGUGUGGCCAAAACAUUCCUUUUUUUUCUUUCUAAUCCAGAGUUAAAUAAGGGCCAGGGGUGACUAUUGAAUUAAAACGCAACAGAAAUUAAAUAUCAUAACAAAUAUAUCGAAUGACGAACUAGACGAUUCGGAAAAAUUAUCGCUCCCAAUAUUCCGAGGGAGAAAUAUGAGACCCUACGUCUAUAUCGGAAGAGGAUUUUAUAUGCAAGGUGAAAAACUUUCCCUCUGCCCCCAAGUACUUUACGAUCAUACAAUUAACUUCUAAAAUAUUUCCAUAAGCAAUAACUCUCUACAGAUGAACUCCUUAUUAUUACUUUUAUAUGCCCCUAAAUAUGUGGAUCAUAAAUAUUUUAGUUUAAAUGUCCAAAUUCAUGUGUAAAAAGCCAAAUGGAAUUUAGGACAAAAAGAUUAAAAAUGAAAAGGCAUUUGCCUACUUCAUUUGCCAUCGCUUCCAGUCACCUGUCGUCCAUGUUUUUGGACAAAAAUAUCCACUGAACUUCCGCAAUGAACAUAAGAUGAGGCCCUUAGACUAACUCCAACCCAAGGAUGCAAAUUUGGAGAAAGGGAUGUUUUUCCACUUUUUCCUCUUCAACCCACGUAAAAAUUGGCUUGCAAAUUUGGAGAAGUGGGAUUGGGAGUGGAUAAAUGGUAGCCAAAUGGAAAAAUGCAAGGAGAAGGUGGGGACCAUGCGGCAGCCAAAGCCCACAUGCAGGGGCACGGUGGGGCCCUCCACUUUCCAACAGUUUUUUUUUUUACUUUCUUACUUUUUGGUUGGUUGGUUAUGAGUUGGGAAGGCAAAUUUGGAAGGUUUAGGGUUGGAGAAAAAAAGUGUUUUUGGGAGGUAAAAAUGCACAUUUGAGAGUUUGAAAGGCUUAAAAAUGCACAUUUCGGUUGGAGUUAGUCUAGAAAGCGAAGAUAGUGGACCCUGAGGGUUGAGAUUGGGCCAUUGGAAGAGAAUGAAGUUGGUCAUUUGCUGACAUGUGAAAGACGCCCUCCUCUUCCCUUUGGAUCAGUUGAAACAGGCCCAGUAUGGGAAGGGUUUUAUCCACAAGGCUGCCCCCAUUAGAAGACAUAGGGAAAGGCUCUCUCCCCCAUUUGACCCAUCGAAUAAGCUUGGUUCCCAAAGUUAUUAGAUAGGGUGACAGCAUCCAUUGCGUUGUUAGCACGACAACACUAGUAUCCAAUCAAUAGAAAGUAGAAUUGUGAUUAUCUUUUAUUAGUGAAGUUGAUUUAGUGUAAAAUCAAUGAAAUGAUAUAAUAGUCAUUGUGAAUAUUAUGUUUUAACAAUCAAUAAAAAAAAUUAAUGGUAGAAACAUAAAAUAUUUUUUUUUGUCCAAUUUUUGGUCGCCAGAAUCCUCCCAUCAUUGUCGAAAUAUGCUCAACGUAGCCGGAAUCCAAUCACCAUGGUCGGAAUAUGCUUACCGGCUUCGGAAUCUAGUCAUCGAGGCCGGAAUAUACUUAUCGGUUAGUC